GGCAAGAACGAGGAGGUGCAGCGCGUGUUCCUGGCAAUGAAGCGUCUGGACAAGGCGAGAGAGAACUCCAGCCCCGCAGAAUUCGAAGAUUGGUGCGUCACGUGCAGGGCGAGCGAGAUGCAAACCAAGCAAGGAGGAGCACCACAGUCUCGCCUGGCCUUCAACUUCGACGGACACUGCCCCGUGGGGUUAUCUGUCGUACAGGAGCAGGAACUUGCAGAGAAGAAGUACCACCCGCAGGAGAUCAAUACGGCGGACGGCUACACUUGGGUGACUGCGAACAGAGUCAUACGGCUGGCAUUGCGCUCAACUGGACUGACGAAGCCUCCAGGCAAGGCCCCUGUGGGUGGCCUGGCCUAUGCGAUGCGCAACAGCUAG